AUGCUGAGUCUUCUCAAAAAGCUGGGCUCCUUCUUCUGGAGGAGAGCCCAAGACGAGGGAGAGAAAAGACAUUUCACUGAUUUUGAACUAGUAAGAUAUACGGAUGGAGUGGUAACCUGUGUGUGCAGUGAUUAUGGAAUGAUUAAUGAUCAGAUCUAUUUCACCAAUGAUGACGUGAUUGGUCGAGAACCUUUAAACGUUGGUCAGAAAGUUACCGUUGCUUAUGAGGACACAACAUCUGGAGGUUGGAAAGCAAUUAAGGUACAAUGCCUCUCUAACAAGUGGGAAACUGAUGCUCCUGUUAAUUCAAAUCCUUUGGAUCUUGACAUAAAAGUUUUAAUUGGAAGUAUUACAUCUUGCAAUAAAGACGGUGGAAACAUUAAUCAGACCACAUAUUUUUCGAUAUGUGCUGCCUGUGAAGGAUAUACCCCAUACAAAGGAGACUGGGUGAGAGCAGAGUAUUUCAUCAAUCCUUCGACAUGGAACAGUGAGGCAUCCUCUGUAAAGCCCCUGAGGUGUAAGCGUGUAGACAAGGUAAAAAUUACAGCCUUCUAUGGCAGAACUGGUGUAAUUGAUGAUAGCAUUUUUUUCACAAUGGAGUCGCUAAUACUUCCUGAAGGCUAUAAACCUCAGUCUAAAGACCUGGUUAAUGCAGUAGUAGUGGAAAGCAGCCAGUCCUGUUAUAUCUGGAGAGCCUUGUGCAUUGCACCAGCUAGCAGAAACAGUAUGUCAACAUCUGACGAAGACCACAUCGACAGCCAGUAUGCUGCUGCUUUGAUGAUGAAUAAAGGAGGCUUAGAGAUUUCAAGAAUGACUCAUUUUGGAGUGAUCAAACAAGGACAGACUAAAUCCCUGCAAAUUUAUAUAGAGAAUAAAGGAAAUUAUUCUCAUGCAUUGGUUGCUUGCAAAACUGUGGGAUUGGAAAAAGAAAACAAGUUCAAUGAUACUCCAGAAGUUCAUUUAGAGAACAAUAACCAUCUCAGAAAAUACUAUGGACAUUUUAAAAACAGUGAUUUGUGCUUGGAUAUGAACAAUGUAGAAACGUAUCAGUCUGACUGUAAUGAACCAUUAAGGAUUCUUCCUGGAGAGAAGACUUCUAUCACCAUCAUGUGUGAAGCAAGAAACCCAGGCCGAUGCAAAGAGCUUGUUUUAUUUUUUUUCCAAGACUUUUUGAUAGGACGCUACAUUGAAGCUACAAUUGAAAGUGAAGAGGAAUGCUUAUUGCUGCCUUCUAAAGAAUAUACUUCCAGAAACAACAAAACCAUGCAGGGACCAGAAUGUAAACGAAGCAUCAUUCUUUCUGCACCACAAAAAAGGGUAUCAAGAAGACAGCUUCCCAGUUUUCUUCCAUCUUAUACCAUCCCAGAGAGGCUGCAGAAAUGCAUUGAACAAAAUAUGGAUGUAUUGGCAAUAGAACCUAGCCUGGGAGAAGUCCUUCAUUUAGCAAAUUAUCGAAAGAAGAUGUCAACUUUGCUUUGGCUUGAGGAUAUUCACAAUGAGAGAGAAAUGAAGGCGUGUAGCCUAAGUGGUGUGUGCCUGCAGAAAUGUGGUGGGUUUCUAAUACUUGACGUGCCUGGCAUCAUUGAGGGAAGACCAUCACUCUACCCAGGGGACAAAGUUUUGUUAAAAAACCAAGCACACACCACUAUUGACGUUGAAUACUUGGGUACAGUAGUUGAAAUACAUGAUGAAGAAGUCACCUUAAGAGUUAACUCAAACUUGGAGCAAUCCUAUAAUUUUGAGCCAAUGGAUGUGGAAUUCACGUAUAACAGAACCACAAGCAGAAGAUGCCAGUUUGCUGUUGAACAAUCCGAACAUCUUGGAAGAGCAGUGUUGUUUCCAGAGAUGGUGAUCUUACAGUCUCCACAAGUCAGCACCACAGGGCUCCACAAGGAGAAUUGUAUGGGCAAGAAAGAGCAGAAUCUCACCCAACAGGAAAAUCGGCACAAGGCACCCACGCGAGAGAAGAACUCUGUUUCUAUGAGCGACAUGGUGACUGUUGCCACUCAGACUACAAAGCAAGGUAAGGAAUCCGCUGCAAAGAUAAUGAACCAGUUCUUUAAUCCGGUACUAAAUGAUCAACAGAAGCUCGCAGUGAGGAGGAUACUCAGUGGGGAGUGCCGUCCUUCUCCAUACAUUCUGUUUGGACCCCCGGGAACAGGAAAAACAGUCACAGUCAUUGAAGCUAUUUUGCAGAUCCAUUAUGCUUUGUCAGAUAGUCGUAUAUUGGUGUGUGCUCCAUCUAACAGUGCUGCAGAUCUUGUCUGCCUCCGUCUUCAUGAAAGCGGACAUUUGGAACCUGGAACCAUGGUUAGGGUGAAUGCUUUCAGUCGCCAAGAAGAGGCUAUACCUGACUUGGUGAAGCCAUACUGUGGAUCAGGGGAAGAUAUUCAAAAGGCCUCACGUUUUCGGAUUAUAAUAUCCACAUGCAGUAGUGCUGGAAUGUUUUAUCAGAUUGGUUUAAGGGUUGGACACUUUACACACGUAUUUGUUGAUGAAGCUGGGCAGGCAAGUGAACCAGAGUGCCUCAUACCUCUGGGUAUAGUAUCAGAAGUAACUGGACAGAUCAUUCUUGCAGGAGAUCCUAUGCAGCUUGGACCAGUAAUAAAGUCUAAAUGUGCUUUGGCAUAUGGGCUUAACAUAUCACUAUUGGAGCGGCUGAUGUCUUUGUCCAUUUACCUACGAGAUGAAGAAACCCAUGGAGCAUGUGGAAACUACAAUCCAUUGUUGAUCACAAAACUAAUGAAAAAUUAUCGGUCACAUCCUGCUCUGCUCCAUCUACCUUCCAAGCUUUUCUACCACAAAGAACUGGAGGUCUGUGCAGAUCCAACUGUGGUAAAUAAACUCCUGAGAUGGGACAAACUGCCCAAAAAGGGCUUCCCAAUCAUUUUCCACGGCAUAAGGGGUACAGAGAUGCGAGAAGGAAGCAACCCAUCCUGGUUUAAUCCCUCUGAAGCUGUUCAGGUUAUGAGAUACUGCUGUAUACUUGCAAAACAUGUUACUACAUCAGUUUCUACUAAAGACAUUGGCGUGAUUACACCUUACCGAAAACAGGCUGAAAAAAUAAGAACACUUUUGCGGACUGCUGACCUGAUGGACAUUAAAGUGGGAUCAGUAGAAGAAUUUCAGGGCCAAGAGUUCCUUGUAAUCAUUAUUUCAAUGGUGCGAUCUUGUGAGGAAUUUAUUCAUGAGGAUUCAAGAACCUUGCUAGGUUUUCUUUCCAAUCCAAAACGAUUCAAUGUGGCAACAACUCGACCAAAGGCUCUUCUGAUUGUGCUGGGAAAUCCUCAUAUCCUUGUCAAGGAUCCAUGUGCAACUGCAUUACUUGAAUACAGCAUAAUAAAUGGGGCAUACACUGGCUGUAAUCUACCCCGUGGCCUUGAAUUCCUUCAGCAGUGA